UGCUGGCCAGGCUGGUCUUGAACUCCUGACCUCAAGUGAUCCACCUGCCUUGGCCUCCCAAAGUGCCGGGAUUAUAGGUGUGGGCCACUACGCUUGGCCAAGAUUUUUUAUUUUAGUUGGAAAGUGGAUUGUGUUCUCUCCUCAAAAGUUCUAAACAUUGACCUAAUCCAAACUCCAGCAUUUUUAGAGAUGAAAAACACAACACCCUAGAGAAGUGAUUCCUCCCAUUAUCACAUAGUAAUUGACAGAUAAUAGACAUUUAAGCCUCCUAACUUCAAACCCAGUGCAUCAGGGUACUGUGAAGGGAGAGUUUACCUCCCUCACAAAGGAAGGAGGGUCAGGGAGGGGAUGGGUGCCUAGGAUUAUUGGAGUAGUAAAUCUAAAGAGGGAUUGGGUGUAGAAAACGUUAAAGAACCAGUGCUCUCUAAUCACAUUGCUUUAAAUAUAAUCAAAGGGGAAAGAGUAAUUGGGGACCUUGGGAAACUGCAACCUAUUAUAAAACUUUACAAUGCCUGUUAGCCCUAAGAAGAGCUUGGUAUCUGCCUUGGGGCCCUUCCCUGGGGAUGCCACAGACCCAGGUAAUGGUAACUAGAAUUUGCAAAUGUUCAAUGACCCACCAGGGUAUAAUGACCAAUCGGGGAUACAACAGAAAUGUUUAAAAUUGACAAGAAAGUAACACAUUUGGCAUAAACUUUCAGCAGUAACAAAUUUGGAAAGAAACAAAAUAUCAUUACAGUGAUUCCUUUGGAUAUUAGUUUCUUCAUCUGGGUAAGAUGUAGGAUCCCAAGGGUUUUGUGAACUCUACAUUUGUAUGAUUGAUUUUGUGAUUCUUUUAGGUACCUAUCUACAUAGUCAGAACAACCAAACUGCUGUUCUGGAAUAUGCUCGCAUUGAAAACUAGAACUGUCACCCUAUUUAAUACUACAUCUGCCAAAUGCCCCUCAAAUUUAGGUUAGAUGUCAUUUGUGAUUAUCAGAGCCUUUGAUUUCUCAUUUCUAUUAAGAAACCUGAAAGACAUCUAAUCAUUUAAAUACAUUCUUCCUAGAUUGCUGGCACUUACAGUAGUUAUAAAUCCUUUCAAAUGUCCGAUACCAAGAGCAACUAACUCUUACCCUUAAAACUAAAAAGGAGGUCUUUUUACAAGGGAAAAAAUGAAGGCAAGGAGCAGAAAAGACCUCAAGGUCACUAUAUACACAACAUGGAAGAACCAAGGAUUAGCGCCAAAGUUGGCUUUGUACUGUGUCCUUUAUCUCUUUCUACCAGACCCAACGCAGCUGGCUGACAUUUGACAAACAAAAUGCUGCCUCUUUAUUUCUCUGCCUUUGGCAUAUUUCUGAUUUUCUAUUAUCCUCUCCUCCAUUAGGACAUUGUAGUUCAGCUUGACUUUAGAUUAGAAACAGACUUGUAGAGGUAUAGUAUACUUAUGAGGGCCUGAGAAGAAUAAUGUCGAGAAUCAUUCAUUCAUUUAACUCAUGUUUAUUAAAUUUGUCUGCUAUGUGCCAGGCAUCAUUCUAGGUGCUGAGAAUACAGUAGUGAGUCCCCAAAGUCCCCAGCUUCUAGCAAAGGAGAAAGACAACGAACGAUAAACAAGUAGACAUGUAAAUAGCUGGCAAUGCUAAGUGCUUUGCAGACAAAUAUUGCAAAUGGAGGGAGGGUGAUAUUUUAGUUAGGGAGUUGAAGCCUUCUCUGUAGAGAUGACCUUAGAGCAAAGACCAGGAUGGAGCGAGGGAACCAAGCCCUGUGAAUUUUUGGGCUUCCUUUCUCAACUGGCCCCUAAAGUGUGAUCUGCAAGCAUGAAUAUUCCACCUGACUGAAACAAAAGGAUGCUGGUGGGGGGCCUUGCUCUCCAUUCUGCAUAAGUUCACCCUUGACAAUAACAACCCCUUUCAGACUAGACUAAAGUCUGUUUCAUUGAGAUUGAACCUUUGUAGGAAGCUUGCAACUGUCUCCACACUGCUUCAUCACUAAAAACGCUUACAAUGGGUAAUAAACCAUGACCGUACCUGUUGAAAAUAUAACAAAACGUAUUUACAAGUAACUGCGUUAGAGGAAGCACAUUUAAUUGGCUGACAUUUAAUAGUGAUAAGUGCUGCUAUAGUUUGUAGUUGGAAGUAUUUUGUUGCCUAAUGUGUAGCUGUCCUUUAAAAGCUAUUCCAAAAAGGGUCUGCCUGGCUUAAUGUAUUCACCUGCUGAUACUCCCUUUAUCAUAAUCAUAUGAUAUUUCAGAGUUUGAUUUAAAUCAAUAAUUGAUUGAGCAUUUCUCCUAUAGGUAAGUAGUUGAAAUCUUCCCUGAGGAAGCCCAAACAGAGUGAAGUAGGAAAAAGGAAAUCUGACCUAGGUAUUCAUGAUUAAUUUUACAGAUCCACAGAGGAAAAUGGUAACCUUUGAAGUCUUCCCACAAAUCCCUAAACUAGGCCUAAGGCCAGAAAAGUUCUAUAUCAGAACGUUUUGGGAAUCGUCUUCAAAACCGGAAUCCAUUUGGCCAAUAAAGAGUCUAUUUGAAUUACAAAUUGUGUUGUCCGAAUCAGUGUUUCCAAACUAGUCUACCAGCAGAGCCACAACUUUUCUGUUUCUGCCACUUUAAGAGAGUAACAAAAAAAAAAAAAAAAAAAAAAAACACAACUUCUCAGCUGCCUUACUUUGUAGCUGAGAUAACAGAAUUUGGCCACAGAGUGAUUUACUUGACUGAUCUAUUUAUGGCAACUUGUUUAUGUAUUUUUAAAUCACAGUUACAAUGAGCUAUUGUUCACGUGUAUACUGUAGAACCAUAUAGGUUGCAAAUCACUCCCAAGGAAUCCUGAUGGUACAGGAUUAUUUUUUAGCUUAAAAAAAAAAAAGAUACCAAAGGAACUGGUGACCACUUUAAAUUGCUUUUAUUUACUGACAUUUUACAAAUUGAUGAAGCUCUUAAAUAUUGCAUUUUCCCCUUCAUUCUCUUGGUAUUUCUAUCACCUUGUGAUAAGGAGGCUAUAGUGGAAACUAAAAUUUGUAGUUCAGAAGAGAUUAGACCUCUACUGAUGAUUACUAAUCUAUCAUUUUUUUUCUGGGCUUGCUUUGAGGGUAUGUUUUGCUUCUCUUGACCCUUUCUGUAGACAACUGAAGCCAAGCUCCACUUUCUCUCAGUGUACCUACAAAUAGCUCAGAAACAAGAUUAGCUUCAGUAUGGGACACUUCCUUGUGUUUGAAUAAUGAUAUUCACUUAACCUAUUUGUAAAAACUCUCAGUAGUGUACUUGAGUUAGUACAUCGCGUGACCUUGGCUCCUUUUCUUUGCUGUUAUUUACUGAUAAAAAUAAAUCUCCUGCGCUAAGCAGUAGGAAUCACUCCGAAAUGCAGGGAAAGUCCUAAGAGAAUUCAUAUGCUAAUGAGCCCUUCCAAGUGAGAACUUGCUUAAAUGUGCCAUUUGCUGACAUCAUUGUUAUGGGCAGAGUGGAGAUGAUUUCUUUAAGAGGUGGCCUUUCAUAUUCUCCCAGCGUUUCGUGGCCCGCGCGUGCACCUGCGGGAGGGGGAAGUUUACAUAAGCGUCCUAGGGUAUUUGCAUCUUAGCGGCUUCACUCACUGGGCUCCGGAGAAUGGAGCGGGCGGGCGGCGCAGCAAUUGUUUGAUGUCCUGUGACUGAGAAACUAGGCUUUAAACUUUAUGCCUUUGGAGAUGGAGCCCAAGAUGAGCAAACUGGCCUUUGGCUGUCAGAGAAGUUCCACAUCAGAUGAUGACUCUGGCUGUGCAUUGGAGGAGUACGCCUGGGUCCCCCCGGGCCUGAGACCAGAGCAGAUCCAGCUCUAUUUUGCUUGCUUACCAGAGGAAAAAGUUCCUUACGUUAACAGCCCCGGAGAGAAGCAUCGGAUUAAACAGCUUUUGUACCAGUUACCACCACAUGACAAUGAGGUGCGGUAUUGCCAGUCUUUGAGUGAAGAGGAGAAAAAAGAGUUGCAGGUGUUCAGUGCUCAGCGGAAGAAAGAAGCACUGGGAAGAGGAACAAUUAAGCUUCUGUCCAGAGCAGUCAUGCAUGCUGUGUGUGAGCAGUGUGGUUUGAAGAUAAAUGGAGGUGAAGUUGCAGUGUUCGCCUCCCGCGCGGGCCCUGGUGUGUGCUGGCACCCAUCCUGUUUUGUCUGUUUCACAUGCAAUGAGCUGCUGGUCGACCUCAUCUAUUUUUAUCAGGAUGGAAAAAUUCACUGUGGCAGGCACCAUGCAGAACUGCUCAAACCACGGUGCUCAGCAUGUGACGAGAUAAUUUUUGCUGAUGAGUGCACAGAAGCUGAGGGUCGCCAUUGGCACAUGAAACACUUCUGCUGCCUUGAGUGUGAAACGGUCCUGGGAGGACAGAGGUAUAUCAUGAAGGAUGGCCGCCCGUUCUGCUGUGGCUGUUUUGAGUCUCUCUAUGCGGAGUACUGUGAAACCUGUGGGGAACAUAUUGGUGUGGACCAUGCACAGAUGACCUAUGACGGGCAGCACUGGCACGCCACAGAAGCCUGCUUUUCUUGUGCCCAGUGUAAAGCCUCUUUGUUGGGAUGUCCCUUCCUUCCCAAACAGGGUCAGAUUUACUGCUCAAAAACGUGCAGUCUUGGUGAAGACGUCCAUGCCUCUGAUUCUUCCGACUCUGCAUUUCAGUCAGCUCGAUCAAGAGACUCCCGAAGAAGUGUCCGAAUGGGCAAGAGCAGCCGGUCAGCAGAUCAGUGUAGACAGUCUCUCCUCUUAUCGCCUGCUCUGAACUACAAGUUUCCUGGCCUCUCAGGCAAUGCUGAUGACACCCUUUCUCGAAAAUUGGAUGAUCUGAGUCUCUCCAGACAAGGAACAAGUUUUGCCAGUGAAGAAUUUUGGAAAGGCAGAGUAGAGCAUGAAACUCCAGAAGACCCUGAAGAAUGGGCUGAUCAUGAAGAUUAUAUGACGCAGCUCCUCCUCAAGUUUGGUGAUAAAAGCCUCUUUCAGCCACAGCCCAAUGAGAUGGAUAUUCGAGCCAGUGAGCACUGGAUAUCUGAUAACAUGGUUAAAAAUAAGACUGAGUUAAAGCAAAAUAACCAGAGCCUUGCAAGUAAAAAAUACCAGUCUGAUAUGUACUGGGCACAGUCACAAGAUGGACUGGGUGAUUCUGCUUAUGGCAGCCACCCAGGCCCUGCAAGCAGUAGAAGGCUUCAGGAAUUGGAACUGGACCAUGGGGCUUCAGGGUAUAAUCAUGAUGAAACACAGUGGUAUGAAGAUUCCCUGGAGUGUCUGUCAGACCUGAAACCAGAGCAAAGUGUUCGGGAUUCGAUGGAUUCUUUGGCAUUGUCCAAUAUCACAGGGGCUUCGGUGGAUGGAGAAAGCAAGCCAAGGCCAUCAUUGUAUUCUCUGCAAAAUUUUGAGGAGAUGGAAACAGAAGAUUGUGAGAAGAUGAGCAAUAUGGGAACUUUGAACUCUUCCAUGCUGCACAGGAGUGCAGAGUCCUUAAAGAGUCUAAGUUCAGAGUUGUGUCCAGAGAAAAUCCUGCCUGAAGAGAAACCAGUACAUCUGCCAGUGCUCAGAAGGUCCAAGUCUCAAUCCAGACCCCAGCAGGUCAAGUUUUCCGAUGAUGUCAUUGACAAUGGGAACUAUGACAUUGAAAUCCGGCAGCCUCCGAUGAGUGAAAGGACUCGGAGACGCGUCUACAAUUUUGAAGAGAGGGGAUCCAGGUCUCAUCACCACCGCCGCAGGAGAAGUAGAAAGUCCCGCUCCGACAAUGCCCUGAAUCUUGUUACAGAAAGAAAAUACUCUCCCAAGGACAGACUGCGGCUGUACACCCCCGACAACUAUGAGAAAUUUAUACAGAAUAAAAGUGCCCGGGAGAUCCAAGCAUACAUCCAGAAUGCUGAUCUCUACGGACAGUACACCCAUGCCACUUCCGAUUAUGGCCUGCAGAACCCAGGAAUGAAUCGGUUUCUGGGACUCUACGGCGAGGAUGAUGAUUCCUGGUGUUCUUCCUCCUCCUCCUCUUCCGACUCGGAAGAAGAAGGAUAUUUUCUUGGACAACCAAUCCCUCAACCCCGGCCACAGAGAUUUGCCUACUAUACAGAUGACCUUUCUAGUCCACCAUCUGCACUUCCCACCCCUCAGUUUGGUCAGAGGACAACAAAAUCCAAGAAGAAAAAGGGACACAAGGGCAAAAAUUGUAUUAUUUCUUAACCAAGUAGUGAUGCAGAGCAUUUGUUUAAAACUUAGCCAUUAACCAUCUGAAUCGUAUCCUUUUCUUCCAUAGGAAAGUUGUGAAAAUAGUUUAAAGUGCUUUCUUUGCCCAUGUAAAUGAGAACUCAACUGCUGUUUACAGUGUCAGAUUAACAUUUGAAAGGUGUGAUUUCUCCAAUUUACCCUCUUUGGACGGUGCCAGGUGGACGUGACAUCUUGUGCCUGUCGGGUGCGGGUGCGUUACAGAUUGAUGUAGCUGCUUUGGUUUUCCAGUCCUCAAGGGAAUACUCAAGAUGCUGACUCAAGGGGAUUGGAUGUUGAUUUUAGAAGAUGGAGAACUCCAGCCACCUUUGUAAAGCAAUAGUGUUUGUCAUUUAUGUAAGUCAGGUCGGCUCAGGUCUUGAUAGUCCGUCUUGGUGUGAGGCAUGCUCGUCACGAUGACCUAGCUAACACUGUGCAUCUUAUUGUGAGGCCAGCUUGUCCCCUCGAACCCUCUUUGGCCAGGUAAACAUUGUAUUGUAUCAGCGCCAGCUACAGAUUGAAAAAAAAACACAAAAAACAUUGCUAUUUAUAACUUAGUAUUUCAUAGACUUAAGUGUAUUCCUAAUUUAACGGUGCAAAUAUUAAUGUAUAUACUGUACAGUUCAGAUUUUAAAGCUGAUAUUUUUAUAUCCCUGAAUUGUAAGCCGUUUGUUACGCUGCAGUGCUAGAUUUGCUAGGGAACCAGAAUUUAUGGAUGAACUGAUUGCUUAUAUUUUAGUCAGGGUUUAUAAAUGUAGAUGGUCAAAUUUACAUUGCCUAGUGAUGGAAAAUUCAACUUUUUUUGAUUUUUUUUUCCAAUAUUAAAAAAGGCUCUGUAUGCAUGGUGGGGCUAUGUAAAUACUCUUUAAAACUAUGGCCCUAUUAAUCUUACAAGUGUUAUUUAUGGGUCAAGCAAUGUAAACUGUAUAAAUGUAAAAACAACCCCUCCACACACAUAACCCCUGGAAUAUAUGGUAAAAACAAGUAGAAGCUGUUUCAGCGAGUGGGUUUUUUCCCCCUGCCUGUGGGGGGUGCCUUUCUCAUUUUCAGCAAGGUGAUGAUUAUCUCAUGGGAAAUGACAAAGAUCUGCUUUUGUGGCAGAGGACUUUGUAGAUUUGUUAUUUUAAGAGAGGUUAUUCCUUUUUAUUCCUUCCCUCCCACUAAUUUGUUGGCCUUUAACAGCAAUUUUGAAAACUGGGUCUUCUGGUUAUGUUUUUGUUUUAAAAUCUUUCUUUAAAUUAGAGGAUGCUGUGCCAUUGAGUACUUCAGGUUAAUAUGAGGUUCUGGUUCAAGGAAAACUUACGUUGGAUCUGAACUAAUGAGCAGAUAUUUUGCUAUGUGCCACUCUUGCAUAUACAUCUCAGUCCUAACUAAAGGUUCUAGUGGCAUCCAGGACCUUCAGGGAGGCAUCUAAUAAAUGCUUAAUAAAUGACAAAACUACCUUUCUGAAUAUAAA